AACGUAAACAUCAGAGAACGUGCGAAAUUGCACAGGUCGGAAAGCAAGGAGCGAAGCAAAAAUGGCUUUUAGAUUUUUACAAACUACAAGGUUUUUGAAGUCUUUCGCAAUUGCAUCUUUUAAUAAACGGGUAAUGCUUUAAAAUACUUCUAUAUUUUUUAAAAUAUCUAAUUCACAAGUUGUAUUAAUUAUAGAAUAUAUUGUAAUAUUGAAUAUCAAGUAGUCGAGGUGGUAUGGACGUAUGGUCAAUAAUAAUAGUAAUAUUGAUAAAAUAUUUAUUUUGUUUUAUGGUAAAGAAUUUAAGUGGUGAUAUAUGGAAAUUGGGAAAGUUGAAUCAUGUUGCUAUUGCAGUGAAUAACCUAGGUAAGUUUUUGUAAAAUCAUGUAUAAAAAUUGAAGAAUGUUGAGUUGUUUGAAGUAAAUUGUCAGUUUAAAUAUUUAUGAUUUUAUGGUUAUUUAGAGAGCGCUACCAAAUUGUAUAAAGAUGUGCUGGGGGCAAGCAUUAGUGAAAAACAAGUAAAGAUAUAUUUGUGUGUUUCAUUCUGGUAAUUUGUGAAACACUUGCAGGUGGUUCCCAGACUGCAAAGUUUGGAAAUUGCGCGCGGAAGAUUUCGAAAAUUUCAUAGUAAAUAUAUAGAAAGCAUCAAAAAUGCGCGUGGAAGAUCUUCCGCGCGCGGUGGAGAAAAUACAGUCUGGGGUAGUUCUACUUGUAAAAAUUAACCCAUUGAUUGGCAGCACUCUCCAAACAUGUGAACUCACCCACAUUGAGCCGGUGACACCCGCAUUUUGAAUCAUCACCCACAUAAAAAAUGGCACUUAAUAUCACUAGCAUUCAUUGAAAUUCACUCGCAUUCAUUGAAAUUCACAUGCAUAAUCAGAUGAAGUUGAAGAUUUUGUAGGAGCGGAGAUUAUACUGAACUAGCCUUUUAUUCCCUUUUAUGAAACUUUGCGAAACUUUUAUUCCCUUUUACGAAACUUUGUGAAACUCUGCGAAACUUUUACUUAACCCUGUAUUCUGUAACUUCACUCCAAUUACAUUUGAGGAGUUCACAUAAUCAGAUGAACUAGAAGAUUUUGUAGGAGCGGAGGCUAUGCUUAACUAGCCUUUUAUUCCCUUUUACGAAACUUUGCAAAACUUUUAUUCCCUUUUAUGAAACUUUGUGAAACUUUUAUUCCCUUUUACGAAACUUUGCAAAACUUUUAUUCCCUUUUACGAAACUUUGUGAAACCUUUAUCCCCAAGGUUUUACAAAACUUUGUGAAACUUUGCAAAACUUUUAUUUAACCCAGUAUUCUGUAAUUCUAAAUACAUUUGAAGACUUCACAUUUAAGUAUUUUAACCCUUUAAGUGGCAAUGACAUGUGCCCAGAUGCACCCUACUUUAUUACCUUACUCUCUCUAACGCCAGAUGUUACAAUUUUACUCGUCAGGAGGAGAGUGCUGCCACUCAAUGGGUUAAAUAAGAGCAGAAAUUUUGUUCACUUUUUGGCUACAAAAAGUAGUUGUUAUUGGCAUUGUAGUUGUUACUGUACAGUGUUUCAGUGUGUGUAUUGGCAUCACCCGCAAUCUAGGUACUGAGGGUACUAGGUACUGUCUAGGUCUGACUCUCCCCUUGACAAGUAAAAUUAUCUGGCAUUACACCGAGUAAAUUAAUAAAGUAGGGUCCAUCAGGGCACAUUUGCCACAAGUGUUAACACACCAGACUUACUAAUAUGUGUUGUUAGUAUAUUAUGUUUACGACAAAUUGCUCUGUCUAACACCAAUAUGAUUUUUGUGCUCAAGGCGGGAAAGGGUUGGCCUGGGUGUUAAUGUUUUAAUAAAUGUUUCUUACAGGCUUUGCCAGAGCAUGGUGUGUAUACAGUGUUUGUGGACUUGGGAAACACAAAAAUUGAGGUAUGUUACUUUUUGUCUUCAACUGAAGUUUGUCAAAGUUUCAAACUGUAUCGGUCAGUACCCACCCAGGUUGACAAUCGUGCCAAGAUCCCAGCAAGAUCUUGACAAGAUCUUACCCAAGAUCUUACCAAGAUCAUGCCAUAUUAGAUAACAUAAAUCUUGCAAGAUCAUGGAAAGAUCUUGCAUGAUCUUGCAAGAUCUUUCCAAGUUCUUGCAGGAUCUUGCCAAGAUCCUGCAAGAUCUUACCAAAUAUCUUGUCUUCCCAUGAUAACAAGAUCUUGCCAUGAUAAUGGCAAGAUCUUGCAAGACCCUGCAAGAUCUUACGUAAGAUCCUGCAAGAACUUGGAAAGAUCUUGCAAGAUCAUACAAGAUCUUUCCAUGAUCUUGCAGGAUUUAUGUAAGAUCUUGGCAUGAUCUUGGUACAAAUCCUUCAAGAUCUUGCCAUGAUCCUCCAAGAUCUUACCAAAAUCCAGAAAGAUCUUGCCAUGAUUCUCCAAGAUCUUACCAAAAUCCAGCAAGAUCUUGCCAUGAUCCUCCAAGAUCUUACCAAAAUCCAGCAAGACCUUGCCAUGAUCCUCCAAGAUCUUACCGAAAAUCCUGCGAGAUCUUGCCAUGAUCCUCCAAUAUCUUAUCAAAAUCCAGCAAGAUCUUGCCAUGACCCCACAAGAUUUUACCAAGUUCGUGGCAAGAACACAUGGCAGAUACAGAAUGAAGAGGCUCUACAUGAAAUAUACUAUACUCUGGAUAUAACUUUGAUUGAAUUUAUCAAACUUUGGCCACAAGUUAUCCAUCUGAAAUUUAUGAAAAAAGUAUUAGCUGUUUCUGCCACAGAACCAGAUUUUAUGUUCCACAGGCUUUAUAUCGUGAACGAAGAUGACCGUUAGUUACGUCAAUAAAUCUCACAAACUAACUUAUUUUACUGUCCAAAUUUUGUCGCAACUAGCUUCUAUAUCCGCUGGGUGAUAACAGUCCGAUUGCAGGAUUCCUAAAAAACAAACCAGAUGGUGGAAUACAUCAUAUUUGUAUUGAGGUGUGUCUUUAUUAUAUAUAAUUUUUCUUGCUUUUUCUUCAGACAUUUGAACUGGAAUUAUUUUCGAGUGGGUUGCGUAGUUUUGAAAACUCUCGUGUAAAACUAAAAUUGCGAACUUAUUUCCAAUUAUUUGGUCCAAUUAAGUUAGAGUUUCGAAACUAGGGUUAGACGACAACAAUGGUGUAUGCGCUUAGUAGUAUUUACUAGAAAACUUUUAUGUGUAUUUUCUAUUUUGCUGCCAUAGUGAAAAAUUAAAUCUUGUAUGACGGAACUUUACCAGUGUAAAAUUAGUUGUAAUUUACGUACUACGGAGUUUGCCUUGUUAGGACUUCAUCUUCGAGUCUGUUUGCCAAUCCCUUAUCUAACUCACCUUUUACUUUUUGUAAUGUCCACUAUAUUCUUGUUUUAAGGGACUGGUCAUAAAGUAACUGCUAGGGUAGGCUGGAGGUAAAUCACAAAUUUUGCCAAUAAGUUUGGUGACCCAUCUUAGGAUGUAGAUAAAUAUUUCAAAGCCCAUCCAAUCUUACCAAAUUUAUUUCAUGACCCACCCACCCAAUCUAAAUUGGGAAAAUACACUUUUAUAAUAAAAAAAACUUGCAGGUAUGAACAUUGUAAAUAUACACCGGCACUGUAUUGGCAAACAUAAUUCCACCAAGCUUGACCAACACAUUCAUCACCAAUUACGAUACUGAGCUGCUCUCCAGUUGGUUGUAUUUCCUGUGAUUCGACCACUUCUUGUUGUUGUUGUUGUUGUUGUUGUUGUUGUAUAAAACAAAGUACUGGCUUCAAUAGCAUCAUUUGUAUUUGAUAAAUUGGAUAGUUUUGUUUACUUUUAUUAUUAAUAUCUUUAUAUAUAAUAUAUAAUUAACAUGGGUUUUUGUUUGGUGGCCCAACCGUAGACAUACAAAAGGAUUGGCGGCCCAUCGAAACUGCCCAGAAAUUUUUCAUGGCCCAUCCCAAAUCACUCCAGCCCACCCUAGCAGUUACUUUAUGACCGGUCCCUAACGUGGUAGUUUUGUAAAUUUUACUGAGUUUUAUUAAAGCUUCUUAUUGCAGGAGAUUUUGAGCAUUGAGAUCAGUUCUCGACAUAGACUUUGGAACAUAUAUACUCACUGUUCAUCAGAUUUGUGUAUUUCCAUUUUUGCUCCUAUAUGUUUAUUCAUAGGUUAGUGAUAUCUAUAAAGCUGUUGCAGAUUUAAAGUCGAAAAAUAUUCGGUUGCUGAGCCCUGAACCUCGGGUAUGUAAUUGACUAUAUCUUCUCCAACUGAUAUGAUCAGACAUCUUAUGGUGGCUUUUAUAUCUGACUGUAUUUCAGAUUGGUGCACAUGGAAAACCAGUGAUGUUUCUUCAUCCAAAGGAUUGUGGUGGAGUUUUAGUUGAAUUAGAACAGGAAUGAUUACGUACGAUAAUUAUACACAGAAGAAAAUACUUCAGUCAACAAAACUUGUCAUAAAUGGAGCUGCCAUUCAAGGGACAGAGCAGGACUUGAAUUUUACUGAAUGCCGUGGAUCAUUGCGGCAACGACGGCAAUUUUUUGGUUAUCCGGCAUUCCAUGUUUCGCGCACCAAAAAAGGUUAGGGUUAGGGGUUAGGUAUUAGGUUUAGGGGUUAGGGUUAGGGUUAGGUUUAAGGUUAGGGUUAGGGUGUGUAUAUAUGUGUAUGGAAGUAUCUAUAUAUGUGUAGAUGGAAGUAUCCGUUACAUAACGUUUACUAUAUUGGUGCGCGAAACACGGAACGAUCACCAAUUUUUUGCCGUUUAGUGUAAUUUUUAUACUAUUCACUUUGCAUUACUAUUUUGAUACUUGAAGAUGUUGAUCAAAUCAUGCGUAAACUACUAUUUUAGUCGCAGUUUUCUUCGAGAAAAACACUAAAGAAAUACGUUAACAUGUUUCUAGCUUGUCAGCAAUCCAAAGU